AUGCCACUGAGAACUCUUCUCUCCAAGGCUGGUCCGCGUUCUGCACAUCGACGACACAGUAGCAUUAUCGAGGAUGCUGGCGAGGAUUCCGAGAGUAAUCCUUCUCCGGCUCGCAGCCGCGGGAACUCGAUGAAGAGACUGAGUCUGGGCUUAUCUCGCACGAAUGAAGACACAUUUGCUCCCUUCUUUACACAUGAGCCAGGCGAGGCACAGUCGCGCCUGGACUCACUACGAGAUGACAAGAACCCUGAGCCUUCAGCACCGCCAAAAAGCGCCGACACCCCAGCCGCAGUCCCUAUGCCACCACCCGAGAAGAUGCAAGUGCCCAGGACGAGCAGUGGUCCUGGUGGUGAUGGAACACUACUCAAACCGCAGAGGAUGUCGCUCUUGGGGAUGAGACAUGCCUCCGAUUCGCAGCUGUCCACAAGAUUUAGGAAAUCGCUGGUUGUUACACCACAAGACGCUGCUCCGCCCAAGAUAAUCACCACCGCGCCCACUUACGAUUUCGAGGAUAGCAGCCUGAGACCACCAAAACAUAAGUUGUUUGCUCGAUCUUCCAGUCCUUUCCGCAAGAGCCGUAUUCCUGAGCAGCGGCCACAGAAGGACAUUGUACCUGAAAGUCUGUUAGAAGAGCACGGAACGUCUGGUACAAACUCCCGACUACCAAGUGAAACCACUUCCUACGAACGUUUGCCCCGGCCAAAGGUGUCAAACACAGCCACGGCUCCGCCUGCAUAUGGCGAUGAAUCCUCAUCCUCACUGGCGAUUCCGGUGACACGACUUUCCGACUCCUCUCGCUCCGACGAUAGUUCUGCAGAUCACCAUGUCUAUGCAAAAACCACCACAACUCACACCAUAUCCACCACCACCACGUUUUUCAAGCUCAGUCGACGGAAGAAGAACAAGGGGCCGUUGUUUCCGUUGCCAGAGAGGUUUGCUGCGCCCCAAUCGGGUCGGACAAGCACUUCGACCAUGCCCCGUGAGACGACAGAAGGAAGGAGGUCCAUGUCGCCCAGUAGAAAAUCCACCACCACAGUCCGAUUCGAUACCGCUCCGAGUCGACAGGAUUCAGCAGAGCCUUCACCGACUCACUCGACGACUGCGCUGACAAACGCACCGUUUGGCUCUCCUGGCCCAACGAUCGUGCGUCAAAACUCGGCGUGGUCUACCCAUUCCGGUCAUUCAGCACCGUCCGUGUCUUUGGCUCCGCCUCGCCCGGGCAGCGGAAGAGGACGGUCUUCGACCAUGAGUUCCGUGAGGAGGUCGGCAGAGAAACUAGCGGAGGUCGUGCCGCAGCCAGGAUCCGCGAGAACCUCAACGUCCACAAGUGGGAGGAGGAGUUUUGGUGAUCUUCUUGGGCUGCCCCAUCGACUCCGGCAGAAUUCUGCUCCACCUCCCCGGCACAGCGCGGGCUCGAGUCCUGGAACCCCCGGCUCCAAGUCCAACUCACUACACAUUCCCCGGGAACCGGAGCCAGAGCGCGUCUAUCCGCAGCGGGAAGACGACGAUACGCCUGCAAGCUAUCUGGAAAAGCUGGAGGCUGCGGUUCCCCGCGGUGCCAUGGCAACGAUUCUUUGUAAGAACGGCGACGACUUCUCCAAGACUUGCUUAAGGAAAUACAUGCGAGGCUUUUCAUACUUUGGCGAAUCCAUUGACAUGGCGAUACGGAAAAUGUUGAUGGAGGUAGAGUUGCCGAAAGAAACGCAACAAAUCGACCGACUCCUCGCUGGAUUUGCCGAUCGCUACUACGAAUGCAACCCUGGCAUCUUUGCAUCAACGGACGAGACCGCUUUCGUUGCAUUUUCAAUCCUUCUCCUGCACUCCGACACCCACAACAAGAACAACAAGUGGAAGAUGCAGAAGCAGGACUACGUCAAGAACACUCAACAGGGGCCGGUCCAUAUUUCCAGCGAUAUUCUCGAAUGUUUCUACGACAAUGUGUGCUAUACGCCAUUCAUCCAUUUCGAGGAUGAAAUUGCGGUUCAUAGCCACCGUCUAACUGCACCGAAACCAAAGAAGAGCUUGAUCCGGACCCGAAGUUUGGAAAGUCUACGUGGGCCUGUGGAUCCGUACAUCUUGAUCUUGGACAACAAGUUAGAGGUGUUACGGCCAUCACUGAAGGAUGUCAUGGAUACUGAGGAUUGCUAUCGAUCGACUGGAACGGCUGAUGUCCUUGAUACAAAUGAGAUCCACAAGGCAUUCCUCCAUUCCGCCGUGCUGCAAAUUGUUUCCGCACGUUCUAGGCCUGAUGCGUUCUCGACGCAAGCAACCAUCACCAACCCUGGAGAGGCUCAAGCCGGGCUGGUCAGCAUCAAGGUCGCCAAAGUCGGAUUGCUGUGGCGCAAAGACCCGAAGAAAAAGAAAGCAAAGCGUCCGUGGCAAGAAUGGGGAGCCAUCUUGACCGACUCCAAGUUGUACUUCUUCAAGGAUGUGGGUUGGGUCAAGAAGCUGAUCAGCCAGUAUGAUGCACAUUCCAAAUCGACCAACAAAAACGGCCCUUUGGUUUUCAAGCCUCCCCUGGCUUCCUUUGAUCCAGAUGCGCUUAUGUCUAUGGAUGACGCAGUUGCACUGCUUGAUACCAGUUACAAGAAACACAAGAAUGCGUUUGUUUUUAUCAAGCACGGCGGCUUCGAGGAGAUUUUCCUGGCCAACAGCGAAGGCGAAAUGAAUGACUGGAUCGGCAAGUUGAAUUAUGCUGCUGCAUUCCGGACCGCCGGCAUCAGAAUGCGAGGGCUUUUGGGUUCUAGCUAUGAAGGCCGACAACAUAUCCAUCGCAAGGAUUCGGAGCAAUCGACCAAGAGCGAGCAGGCGUUGCAGAAAGAGCGCAAAGUGGACCCUCAGGUAACGUGGGAAAUCAUGUUCUAUCGUCGACAGCUCAUCAGCGAGAGGAUCAGUGAUUUCGACGACAAGAUCAUGGUUGCACAGAAGGAACUGGACAAUCUCCUUCGAAACGCACGCCAUUUGCUCAUCCUCUUGCCCAUUCAGCAAAAGACUCGGGAGGCUCUGGUGCUGGCGGCUGGUCGGAUGUCGGCAAAGUUGAAGUGGACAAGAGUCGAAUUAUGGAGGACACGAACCCAUCGUGAUAUUCUGUACAAAGAUCUCGAGCAGGAAGGAGUGACGGCAUUCCCAGUGCCUCGCAGGUCGUCGGCGUCCACGCCCCAAAAGACAACUCCUAUAAAAGUCGGGCCAAUAAACAUAGCACGGAACGUCAACGACAUCAACCAGACGACGUUAUCGCCAGUCAGUGCGCUGUCACCGAAGGCGUCCAAUAUGACGGAGAAACUUACGUCUGCCGAAAACGAGGGUAAUCGACCUGAGUCCAGCCCUCCGGAUCUUUCUGCCGCUACCAGCCCUUCGGUAUCUGAACAUGUUCUGGUAGGGCAGGAGAGCAGUCAAGAACCGCACGUGCUGGUUCAUAGGGCGUCUGUGACCAGUUCUCAUCAUAGUCGUGAUAAGGAACGGCUAGCGAGAGUCAUCACUGAGGAUGACGAGCAAAAGGUUCUGCGCGAAGCAGGUUUGUUCGGCACCGAUGGCCAUGUCUCAAAGGAAAAGCGGCCGGAUACUGGUGAGUCGGACAGGGACCGUCUGGCGGCCGUCACGAGUCCGUUAGAAACUUCCAAGGUCGGGAGUGUUCGAAGAAGUCUCCAACGCAGUUUGCGCGAGGGUCACCACCACUCCCCCAGUAUUCAUCGCCAUCGAAAAGGGCGAGAUUCAGGAUCUAGCGUCGCCGCCACAGACGAUGGAGGGAAGUCGGUCCAGAAUGAAGUGGAGGAACUCAAGAGGGGCACGGGAAGUUUUAUUCUCCAUGGUAAAAAGGCCAGUGUCAUCACCAUGUCUUCCGAGUGGCAGAGCAUGUCCCAGGAGGACCGGUUGAAAUUGAGGAAAGCCAUGCACGAUGACGCUGGGAAACAACAUCCUUCGGCUAUUCAUGACGAUGAGGAAGAAGGAGAAAAUCAAAAAGAAGAAGCGGUAGACACUGCCAGUGCGACCUCGAAGUUUACCACCGACGAUGAUCAUACCUAUGCAUCCUUGAACUCGAGUCGCAAGCAGAGCAUCGCCACAACAGCCGGCGAACAAUUUGUCGAUGCGGAAACCGGUGAGGAAUGA